AUAUUAAGUUUAUCUAGUAAAUAUGGCCGUGUAGUUUUGUGUUGCUGUAAUAAAGGGGAGGCAGAUUUUAGAUUCUAUUAGCUGAAUUUGUAUUAAAAAAGUGACAUGUAAAUAUUUGUGUUGUAGAUCUAAUUGUAAAUACUGAUUUGUAACGAUACUGUGAUAUUUGUAAUGGCUGAUGAAAGUUCAGAGCAGGAACUUCGAAAAAAUCUCCACAUAAUUCAAUCUAUGAUUGAUGUAUCUGCUGAACGUUUGGAAGGGCUAAGAACACAAUGUGCUACAAGCGCAGAGUUAACCCAGCAAGAAAUACGAACAUUGGAAGGAAAACUCAUAAAAAUGUUCGCCAAUCAACUAGUAACAAAAUUCAAGUUGAAAAACGGUUGUGAUGAACACAUUCCCUCUUUGAAACAGUGGUUGCAUGUAGUAGGACUGGCAAAAAAUAGUAUAACAGGCCUAUGUCAACUGAUAUCAUCUGUAGAAGAACUACAAGAAAAGUCAGAACAUGAGCUGAGGUCAAUCUUGAAUGAAAAGGGGGCAAGAUCUGAAGAGCUCAACAGACUGUUUCGAGCUUUGCACAAUUUGAAAAGAUAUACAGACGUGCUGAAGCGCGGCGACAAAGACACCUCGGACAUGCUCCUCUACUGGGACUCCUGGGACCGCCACCACCAGCUGAAGGGCGGCCCAUCGCCGCGGCUCAACCGAUCCCGGGCGGCGCGCAACUCGGUGCCCUCGGAGGACGGCCUGUUGCUCAACAACAACCACGUGACCGGCAGGGGAGGUGAGAACGACUCGGGGCUGCCGAGCCCGUCGGCGGGUGGCCUCGACGUUCGGUGUAUGCUCGGCGCUCCGCCACUCACCCCGCCCGGCCGGGGGGGUAAAGGUAUGAAAUUUCCCAGUACUCCACCGGCAAGGAGAAAGCAUCUGACCGGCAACAACGCCCCCACUCUUCUACCCGACUAUCCGUUAACGAAAAGCAAAUCUCACGAGUCUCAGUUGGCAGCUGCCAAAGGAGAAAUAGAAACUAACCCCACUAAUGGAACAGGAACGGUGGGUAGGCGAGCAAGGUUGCCCACCGAACCGGGACCUGAUACAACAGGUUUCAACAGUCCAAUUCCUACCAGUCCUAUCAAGUCGCCUCCGUACAACCUUACCGGAGGGGAUAGUGAUGAUAAUAGUUAUAAAUCUAUAAGUUUGCAAGUGCCCAAAUCGCCCAGAACGCCGACAGUCGUGGGCAGGAUAAUGACGCAUCAGAUCAAUCACCGGUUCGCGAAAACCUUCAAGAUGAUGUCCACGUGCGGAUACUGCCAGAAACAGAUCUAUUUCGGCACGGGGCUCAAGUGCAAGGAGUGCAAAUAUACUUGCCACAGGGAGUGCGAGGAUAAAGUGACGCCAUCUUGCGGUUUACCGCCUGAACUACUAGAUGAAUUCAAGAAAAUGACGAUGGAAGGAAAUGUUUUUGUUUCGCCUACUCCAGCGAGAGCGAGCAAUACCAAAAACAUGAUAAAUUCUCUGACGAGGAAUAGGGCGAGGAAAAAUUCUCACCCCCAACCCUCGAUAAAUACACCUCCAUUCCCACCUCCAGAUUCUAGCUCAAAUACGUCUAGUUGUAAUAGUUCAACACCAUCGAGUCCUGCAGUCCAAAUUUUGACCACUCCACAUUCAAGUUACAAAUCCACAUUUCAUUUUCCAGAGAUCGCUCUGCCCGAGACGAAAGAAGUCACUCUCGAGACGCACCCGCUGCCCUUGCUGCCCUUGGCCGCCCACGAGCCGGCGUCCGCCCGACCCGCGGGCGGCAACUCCAGGACGGCGUCGCAGACCUCUGAAAGCUUGAGCGCGAGCGCGAGCACCGACUCCGAUCGGACGCCGGUGCGCGUCGACUCGCAGGACAGCCAGCUGAGCGACACGGAGACGGUGACCGAGGGACAGCCGAGGUGGCCGCGCCAGAACAGCUUAUCAAUGCGAGAAUGGGACAUCCCCUACGACGAACUAAAAAUGGGCGAGAUGAUAGGCACCGGUAGAUUCGGUACGGUGUUCAGGGGGCAAUGGCACGGCGAUGUGGCCGUCAAGGUCCUCGACGUCAACUACCUCAAGGACGAGAAGACGCUCGAGCAGUUCAAGAACGAGGUGUCGACGUUCCGUAAGACGCGCCACGAGAACCUCGUGCUCUUCAUGGGGGCGUGCAUGAAGCCUCCGAAGUUGGCGAUCGUGACGAGCUUGAGCAAGGGCAACACCCUGUACACGCACAUACACCUCAGGAAGGACAAGUUCAAUAUGAACAAGACGACGAACGUGGCGCAACAGAUAUCCCAGGGUAUGGGAUACUUACAUGCCAAAGGAAUCAUACAUAAAGAUUUGAAGAGCAAAAAUAUUUUUGUGGAAAAUGGAAAAGUGGUAAUCACAGACUUCGGGCUUUUUAGUGUAACGAAGUUAUGCUUUGGGAAUAGGAAGUCGGAUAGUUUGGGCAUUCCUCCAGGUUGGCUGUGCUAUCUCUCCCCGGAAAUAAUGCGAAGUUUACAUGCUCAUCAACCGCACGACGAAGAAUUGCCUUUCAGUAAAGCUUCAGAUGUUUACGCCUUCGGGACGGUGUGGUAUGAAUUGUUAUGUGGUGAAUGGCCGUUCAAAGGACAACCCCCAGAAGCUGUUAUUUGGCAAGUCGGGAAGGGUAUGAAACAGCCACUUGCCAAUCUACAAGCGUCUCGUGAUGUUAAGGAUAUACUGAUGCUGUGUUGGUCAUAUGACCCCAGCGCCAGGCCCGAUUUCAUAAGGUUGUUGAACAGCCUGGACAAGUUGCCUAAAAAACGAUUAGCACGCAGCCCGUCUCAUCCAAUCCAUCUUUCCAGAUCUGCUGAAUCAGUAUUCUAAGGACUCGUAUCAAGUACACCAUUUUUCGGGUUAUUUUUUAUUUAUUUAGCUACAGAGCUGUUCACCAAAAAGAAAUAGUCUACGAGCCCAUGAGAGGGGGGUUCGACUUUCACCCAUCUGAAAAACCAGGUGAUAGCUUGCCCAUCAAAAAGUGUUCAUGGCUAUGUUUCAAAUUCAAAUUCACUUUUUUAUAAAUUGCAAUAGAUUAUUAAUUCGAUAUAUGAGUAAUUGCUGGACAAAUCAGAUGAUUUUUUAUGGAUUUGCCCCGAAAUGUCACUACUUGAUCAAAAAAUCUGGAGUGGAAACAAAAUCUAAAGAUGAACGUUUAUCUAUUCAACUUUGCCGCUCAAUGAUGGGAGGGAUUUUUGACAGAAAAGUGGGAAUUUUCAGCCAUUGCAGAGGGACAUUUGGUGCAGACCAUAUAAUAACACUAUGUUCAUUUUCGCGUCAGCCUUGGAAGAAGAAAAAUGUGAGAUUAUCACCGCGGUCCGAAUGGUAAUCGAAUCGCUUGUAAAUAUUCACCGCGAGUCAUUAUGACGUCAUGGAUUUCGUCACUCCUCGCGCUCAGAGUACUUACAGUUUAGAGGUGGAGCGGUCUAAACAUGCGGGAAAAAGCCCCGAGGGAAUCGCCUUUUGACCAUGGAAGGAGACACAUGGCGCAAGUCUAAAAUUUUUUUAAUUACCUGAUCUGGAUUAAAAUCCAAUAUUUAUUGUGAAGUUUAAUGAGUGUGUGUGAAAAUUAUCAAGCCCUUUUAUCUCUACGCCGGUAUAGAGGCCGGAUGGUGACGGAUUCACCGGAUAAAGGGGCCAUACUUGAAAUCAAAUGUGCUCAGCAUGAGCACAUACGAUCGAGUGAUAAUAAUUAUUACAUAACCAUAUAUUAGUCUCGAAAAAAUUUAAUUACCUGAUCUGGAGAAAUUGUUUCCGAAAGGAGACAGAAAUCCAAUAAACCCAAAAGAAGAAGAGAAGAAGAAAAAGUCCCGAUAUAAGUGCUGUUGCACUGAAUACUGGGCCAACAAAAUUCUCAAUCCCUAUAUGUAUGAAAUCGAACAAAGGCGUUAUAUUAUACAACUGCUGCAUUUACCGUCCUCAUCAUCCGUACUUGACGAGGAAAUAUUAUUUCGAUAACGCUAUCGACUAUGAUUCAUUGUUGGCCAAGAAAUAAAUUUUCAUUUGAGGUUAUGUAACGAGUUUCAUAAACGCGCUCAAAAUUGGGCCCGAAUCAUAGUCCAGUCAUUAUAUCCAAAUAACGGACCUUACCCGUGAAUAAUUAGUG